AUGGCAGCCCCACAACCGAUAAUAUGGAAGAAGCGCAUCCUCGUACCCUUCUGGAUUCUGCGAAUAUGCAUAAUGAUCCUGAUCAUUGCGGCAUAUGCGUACACGCUGCGAACCCUGAGUGACAUCGAGGACGUCGUUCAGCCGGCUGUAGGAUCUGUCAUCGUAUUCAUGCUCUUCAUCGUGAUCGUACUAUUGAUCGAUGUACUCGCCAUACUUCUUUUCCUUCGAGAUGCGCUGAAACCGGGAACCUUCCUUACCAUGAACUGCUUCCAAACGGGCUUCUGGGGUGGUGUCCUGAUUAUGGAUUUCGUCUCCAUCGGUAGCGGCUCAAGCUCAGUAGGCAUCGGAUUCAGCAUCUUUGUCUUUAUGACGUUUCUUGGUCUCCUCAUCUACUCCAUCGUCGGGUUCCGUCGUGCGAAAGCGGCUGCUCGGCGAGGCACGUAUGCGCCAGCGCUCAACCCUGCAGCCCCAGCACAGAACCCCUAUAAUUCUCCAUACAACAGCGCGCCCGAAUAUGAGCAAAACACAGCCUACCAUUCACAAACACAGCCUCAUGUCGACAUGCACGAUCAAUACCUUCCCCCAUAUCAGGCUGGUGGAUCAAGCGACUAUUUCCAUCAGGAACCUAUGAAGCCUGCCCACAUCGUGUAAAAAGAAAUAUAAAAGAAUAUAGACAAACGGCGUUCCAGGAAAUCGGGUACAGCGAUAGCAUGGUGUUACGGCGUUGGUACCAAACUUACUGCUGGUUCGUUCGAUCAUAGACCUUAUAG